GUAAUUCGAUUGUAAAUGCAUUGUUAUUUUCAGUGUGUCUGAGAGCACCGUCGUCCCCGUCGCCGGAAGUCUGCAUGAAGCUGCGUCUCCAACAGAGGCUACGGCGUCGACGUUUUUUUUUUUCUGUCUUGUUUUUUUUUUUUUUUUUUUUUUUUUUUAUUCGACACUUUUUUUUUCUUUUUUUAUUUUCUCUGAGCGAGAUGAGCAGGGAGUGAGGAAUGGAGGCGUAGGGACCGAGGAUGUUUGUGUUCGCAGGUUAAGCGUUUGAACACACGCAGGCCUCCCAGUUUUAGCUUAACUGAACAAGCCAACGAACAAAAGGAGAAAAUUAAUGGAGAAAUAAUGGACGAUUCCCAUUUCAACUCAUCAUACUUUUGGUCUCCCGUCCCCACUGUACAAGGACAGAUUGAGAACGCCAUGUUCCUCAACAAGGCAAAGGAGCAGCUGGGUCCAGACAAGGCCAACGCGCCUCCCUUCCCUCACUCUUCUGCGUCUUCCACCUCGUCCCCUCACUACCCCACAGCUGUCCUCGCCAUCCCGGGUUCGGUGGAUCCAGGGGCGGGGGUGCGGGUGGUCCCCAAACAGGAAGGAGGUGGGAAUACAUCCGGCGGAGGAGGGGGAAACAGCGGGAACGCAACCUUGAGUGGAGUCGGGGGACAUCUACACCAGUCGCACACCUCCCAGAACGUCACGGUUGUUCCUGUUCCCUCCACUGGGAUCAUGACUGCAGCGGGGUUAGUGAUCACCACCCCACAAGGCACACUGGUUCCAACUGCCUCCACACAGUCGUUUGUAACUGGACCCCCCACUGCCACCACCAUGAUAGUGUCUGCAGUGCAUCCCUCAAACACAGACAAGAAGGAGGAUGGUUCUGUUCCUCCAGCCAUUGUUAUGCCGACGCCAUCGAAGCGAGGCAGGAAGAGCAAACAGAUGAUGGGCAGAGUUGGUGGGAUUCUCCCUCCAGGAAGUGAUGCUUUAAUUUUAGCCCAUCUUGCUGCUGGCGGACAGCAUCACUCUGCUGACCCAUAUGAUCUGUCAAAUGAUGAGGAUGAUCAUACCAGUAAAGAUGGACCCAAGUCCUACAGAUGUCGAAUGUGUGCAGUGACAUUCUUCAGCAAGUCAGACAUGCAGAUUCACGCUAAGUCCCACACUGAGGCCAAGCCCCACAAGUGCCCCCACUGCUCCAAGUCAUUUGCCAACUCCAGCUACCUGUCCCAGCACAUCCGCAUCCACAGCGGGGCCAAGCCCUACUCCUGCACCUACUGCCAGAAAACAUUCAGGCAGCUCAGUCACCUGCAGCAGCACACACGAAACCACACUGAGGCCAAGCCCCACAAGUGCCCCCACUGCUCCAAGUCGUUUGCCAACUCCAGCUACCUGUCCCAGCACAUCCGCAUCCACACCGGGGCCAAGCCCUACACCUGCUCCUACUGCCAGAAAACAUUCAGGCAGCUCAGUCACCUACAGCAGCACACACGAAUUCACACUGGGGACCGACCAUACAAGUGUAACCAUCCUGGCUGUGAAAAGGCUUUCACUCAGUUGUCCAACCUGCAGUCUCACCGUCGACAACACAACAAAGACAAGCCCUUCAAGUGUCACAACUGUAACCGUGGUUAUACAGACGCUGCCAGUCUGGAGGUUCACCUGUCGACUCACACCGUCAAACACGCCAAGCUGUUCUCCUGCGGCCUCUGCAACAGAUCUUACACAUCGGAGACUUAUUUAAUGAAACACAUGAGGAAGCACAACCCCGACCCGUUAACGGUGGCAGCGACGGUCGCCGCCCAGCAGGCCCAGGGCCUGACGCCAGGAGGGGGAGGGCGGGGCCGGGGCCGCGGUCGAGGCAGAGGCAGAGGAAGUCACCUCCAAAGCCAGAACAACCCAAACAACGCCAACCAGAACCAGAACCCCGGGCCCCCGGGCAGCUACCAGCCCACCCAGCAACCCUCUGAGGGCGUCGUUCCGUGCCCCUUCGACCUGCACCAGUACAAGACAGUGUCGGCCAGUGAGAUCCAGUAUAAACCCGUCAACGUUGGCGACCUGCCGGUGACCCAUAAAGACCUGUGUCUAACCGUCUCCACGUCAGCCAUCCAGGUGGAGCACAUGAACUCGUAGGCGGCGUCCUGCGGCUCUGGUUGGGACAGGACUAAUAAUCUGCAGUGUAAAAAGCUCCAUUUGAUUCACCGUCUUUCAUCUUCAGUCUUCUAAAAGCAAAACUAGAAACAUGGCUAAGAAAGGAGAAACUGUUACCCUCCUCAUCAGCCAUCCGACACUGACAUCAGCUGCGUUUUUGUUUUCACCGUCAAGUAGCUCUGAAGGACGAUUCGAAAGGGAUCGGAGUGAUAUUGCGAUACAAUCAGGAGAUGGAAGUUCAGUUUGGUUCACCUGAUUCUGAAGCUUUAAAGCUGGGAACAACUUUAGGCUCCAUGUUGGAUCACAGAUAGUCUGCAGUGUUGAGUUCAGGUUCCUCCGAGACGAGUGGGAAAGCAGGUUCCAACUGGGGGAAAUGGGUUUGCACAUUUAAUAUCUGGAAAAAUCGCUUUUCACUUUGGAAUCAUAAAUUUAGGCAAAAAUAAAUCAGCACCUCAAGUUUCACCUUUAUUACUUUGGUUGAGCUGUAAAACAAAUUAAACCAACCUUUGAGGUAAUACUGGGAGAUGAAACCUGUAAAUGAUCUGUGAAAGUAAAAAUAAUCUCUGGAAAUUUAGGGGUAACUUUGCAGAUUAAAUUCUUGAAAUACUUCAACAAGCCAAAAAAAAAGAAGAAAAGUAAAAACAAGUAAUAAUUUAUAAAUGGUAAAACUUUCGGCAUGGAAAUGGAAGCACUUAAUCAUAACACAGAAGAUGGAAGUUAUGUAUUUCCAUCUAAAUUCCAAUAGAUUCAUUUUACAAAUCACAAUUAAACAUCAGAAGAUCAAUGAAUGAAGGAACCAUUUUGUUUUCAGAGCCAAAAGUCCUGAACAAAAGCAAACCGAGUUAGAAUGUACUAAACCUGAGGAAUCUGCAGCAGAGCGAUCGGAGGAAAGCGGGACGGAGGAGUCCUACAGAAAGCACUUGAUGAAGCUCUUACUUCACGCCUAUGUUUGUCAUUGUUUGUCUUUUUUUUUAAUAUAUAUAUAUAUAUAUAUAAAUCAUGUUUGUAUUUUUCUACCGACAGAGGAACAUACAGAGAGAAAGCAGAGUGAGCGCAUGAACGUCGUGGAAAAAAAGCGUUUAGUCGUUUGUUAUUCUGGGAGGAGCGGUUAAUCUUCCUCCUGUGGGCGACGAGAGCCCGCCCCGCUCUUAUCAGGGGGGUUGAUGGGAAAUAAUGAUUGUGUGAUAAACACGGCUGACAGGUACUGUUAUCAACCUUUUCUUUUUUUAAGAACUUUUCAUACAUAUUAUUACUUUCAUUAUAACUGUAGUGCAAAUGUUAUCCACAGUAUAUCCACUCUGAGGCAUUAUGGUAUUGCAGUAUGCUGUACAUAAAAUAGAUAGAAAAGACUUUUUCAUCUGUAAAAGGGAAGUAUGUCUUGUGUACAGAAUAUAUGAAAACGCACCCAAACCACAGACUGUGUCCCAGGUCCGGUACUGUACCCCACUGGUUCUGCUGAAAAAUAACUAGGAGUUACAGUGAGACUUACGGCUUUUCUUUAAACAUUUAUGAUUUAACUUUGAGUAAUUGAGACUCUUUAGUUAUUAAAACUCUUUGGACUAAUUAUCACUAAUGCUUUUGUUUUCUAGGCUAAUGAAGGCAUAGUUGUUUUCAGUAAUGUAGAAAAUAAGUGAAAAUUGUUUCACCAAUUAUUUAAAAAAAAAAUGUGUUUUUAUGUUUAAAAAAAGCUAUUAACGGUGCUGUGUAAAAUAAAGCCACUGCUUUCAGACUCCUGACCUGCUAAUGUGUUUAAACAGCAUCAGAUUAAACGGUGACCUGGGACACAGCAAACCGUCGAUCCAAUCAAAACGUUCAGGCAGCCUGUACAACAGCCAACGGUCUUCAUGUAUACUCAACUUUGUAUGUCUCUGUGUCUUUUUAUGAAAAAAAUGACCUAGCAAUGCUCCUGGUAAACAGUUAUUAACUGUACUAUGUUACAUACUGUAUGCACAGUUAAAGCUCCUACUCAUCUGAACAGACUGUUUCUUCUUCCCUUAUGGAGAAUAAAAUUUAAAAAACUGUUUAUGACUAA